AAUUUAUCCGUUUCCAUUAUAAAUACACAGAACAUUUCACCACCCUAUAGAAACCCAUAGAUUUUAUUUCCUCUUUCUCUGUGAAAAUCUUGAAAUUCAAACCAUUUUCGUUUCAGAAACCGAUGCACAGUGGUAUAACAUAAGUUUAAAGUGAUCUUGUAUCUACCAAGAACCUGUUUUGGCUUGGGAAACUGAUAGUAUAGGGUAACUAAAAGACAGUGCAUGCUAUUCUAAGGAGUUUUCUUGACUAUCCAUUUCUCAGGCUUCAUCAAUGGCUGAGAAAGACCCUGAUUUUUUCUCCCACAAAUUCCCUACUCCUUCACAGGUGGUGGAGGAAUUGAAGGAGCUAUGGGGAAUGGCUUUACCAAUAACAACAAUGAACUGCUUAGUCUAUGUUAGAGCAGUUGUAUCUGUUCUAUUUUUAGGCAGGCUUGGAAGUUUAGAACUUGCUGGUGGAGCACUAUCCAUUGGGUUUACAAACAUAACUGGUUACUCUGUUCUUGUUGGUCUUGCUUCAGGUCUUGAACCUGUUUGUAGCCAAGCUUAUGGUAGCAAAAACUGGGACUUGCUCUCACUGUCUCUACAACGUAUGAUUUGCAUACUUUUGUUGGCCAUUAUUCCUAUAAGUGUUCUAUGGAUCAACCUUGAGUCAAUCAUGCUUUUCAUGUGUCAAGACAAAGAAAUAACAGCAAUGGCUGCAACUUACUGUAUUUAUUCACUACCUGAUCUUGCAACAAACACUUUGUUACAGCCAUUGAGGGUUUAUUUAAGGUCACAAGGGGUGACUAAGCCUCAGAUGUGGUGUACUUUUGUGGCAGUGCUAUUUCAUGUGCCUUUGAAUUAUUUUUUGGUGGUGGCGAUGGGGUUAGGGGUACCAGGAGUUGCUAUUGCUUCAGUACUGACUAAUCUGCAUAUGAUGGUGUUGAUGAUGGGUUAUGUGUAUGUUUAUGGGAGGUGGGAGUGGAGAUGGACGGCUGGGAUUGGAGGGAUUUGUGGUGGGUUGGGCCCACUGUUAAAGUUGGCAGUUCCUAGUUGUAUAGGGAUUUGUUUGGAGUGGUGGUGGUAUGAAAUUGUGACUGUUCUUGCUGGAUAUUUGCCUAAUCCAAGGCUUGCUGUUGCUGCCACUGGGAUUAUGAUACAGACGACUAGCCUUAUGUACACUGUUCCCAUGGCCUUGGCUGGCUGUGUAUCCGCCAGGGUCGGGAACGAGUUAGGAGCUGGGAGACCAUACAAAGCCAAGUUAGCUGCAGUAGUUGCAUUAGCUUGUGCAUUUGUGAUUGGAUUUAUCAAUGUUAUAUGGACAGUGAUCUUCAGGAACAAAUGGGGAGGCUUAUUUACAAAAGACGAGAUGCUUCAAGCACUUGUUGCAUCAGUUUUACCAAUAAUAGGUUUAUGUGAGCUCGGAAACUGUCCACAGACAACCGGUUGUGGGAUACUCCGAGGAACGGCUAGACCAGUUAUAGGCGCCCGGAUCAACCUCGGCUCGUUUUACUUCGUGGGGACUCCGGUGGCGGUAGGGUUGGCAUUCUGGCUAAAAGUUGGGUUCAGUGGUCUAUGGUACGGUCUCUUAUCGGCUCAAGCAGCGUGUGCUAUCUCAAUUCUUUAUGCUGUGCAUUGUUGCACAGAUUGGGAAGGUGAGGCAUUGAAAGCAAAGAGGCUGACCAACUUGGAGAUGACGGGACAUAGAGAUGACACUAGUGAUGAUGAUGAAGAAAGUGUCCUUUUGGUUAGUGACAAGGACAAGUUUGAUGAUGUUCCAUAAAGAAAUGUAAGGAAACAAAUUCAAUGAGUUUGGAAUAUUAUUUGGAGGAGUUUUUUUCUUUUUUAGGAGGGACUCUCUUUUUGUUGUUUAGUUGCUUUUCUUCAAGGCAUGGGUUUGUGAAGGGGAUUAAAAAAAAGGCAAAGGGCAUAUCAUGGUGUCCCAUACAAAAAAUGUUCCAUAAUUUCAGGCUCUAAUACAAUAACAUUUUGCUUUGA